AUGGCUCGCCUGAAAUCUGUUGUCUUUCGAUUGGCCAAUGAUCAGCGCUCCGGGGGCCUUGUCAUGGACGUUUUCGCGCUUAGUAAUGUGAGGGCUGCUCUGGAACAGGAGGCACGCCUGGCAAAUGAGCUGCAGCAGUACAUUAAUAAUGCUCAAUCUGAUCUCCUUGUUGCGGCCAAAGACGAUAUACAAGCAACAUCGCCCGAAGCCACCAAAUACAAUAACCCAACCCAGCCUCAAAACCUAGCAUUGGGGAUCUACUUCACAGUGAACUUGGCUUUUGGGUUACACAAUCUUAACCACCGCAUCCCUGCGAGGCUUGGCGCACGCACAAAGCUUCCCCACGGUGCACCGCGUUUGGUCGUCCCACAGAAGAUUUGGGCGCUUUGGACAAAUAUGAGGUUUCUUGAGAUAUAUCGUGCUUGGGACCGCGGUUCGGUAUGCCACCAUGGUUCGAAUAGAUCCCAAUCCCCCAAACAGGAAGAUUUGAUGGCCUUCAGUUCUUGGGACUCAUGCGAUUGGGGUAGCGGCCCCAAUGCAAACUUCGAGAUUAUAGUACCUGAAGAUGUCUUCACCCAAUUCACAUUACUCGAUCAAGAAGCUCGAACAGCAUCCAAACGAGGGAUAGACUCACCUACAAUACCUACGGAAUAA